GGCAACCUUCUACAUUCACUUUUAGUUUUGCUCGUGGCGGUCGUUGUUAGAUUUCAGUGAUGUCUGGACGCGGAAAACAGGGCGGCAAGACUCGCGCUAAGGCCAAGACGCGGUCUUCCCGCGCUGGGCUACAGUUCCCCGUGGGGCGCGUACACCGUCUGCUCCGUAAGGGCAACUACGCCGAGCGAGUGGGCGCCGGCGCCCCGGUCUACCUGGCGGCUGUGCUGGAGUACUUGACGGCCGAGAUUCUGGAGUUGGCGGGUAACGCGGCGCGCGACAACAAGAAGACGCGUAUUAUCCCCCGCCAUCUGCAGCUGGCUAUCCGCAACGACGAGGAACUUAACAAGCUGCUGGGCAAGGUGACGAUUGCGCAGGGCGGCGUGCUGCCCAACAUCCAGGCCGUGCUGCUACCCAAAAAGACCGAGAGCCACCACAAGGCUAAGGGCAAGUAAAGCAGUUCAUCAGCAUGUGGCGAUCUCUUACACCCAAAGGCUCUUUUCAGAGCCAUCUACAUUUUCAAGUGAAAGAGUAUGUGGCAAAAAACACUAGGUCGAAAUUGCUGGUUUCAAUAGCUAGGCAUGUUUCGAGUUUUAUCUUAACGUGUGUCCAUCUAGGUACCUGAAAUGCGUCUGAAUUGAC